AUGCUGAAAUACACGCUUAUCGUUGCCCUGUUGGUGGUUCUGGCCAGCUGCAGUGAGGAGGACGUCCAGGCGCAGCUUGUGAAGGCAGAGAACCUGCAGAACCUGGAUGGAGCUGGACAGUUUAAGCACGAGACCACCGUCACCAAUGGCAUAAAAAUCAAGGCCCAAGGAAAUGUGAACGGCAUACAGGGCGAAUACUUUCUGCCCGGCGAAGAUGGCAAGCAGAUCCGGGUGACAUACAUCGCGGAUGCAACCGGCUUUCAUCCGAAGGUCGAAGAGUGA